AUGGGCUUGGGACUGAGAUUGCCGUUCUUCCUACUCCUCUUGCUGCUGGUCAGCCUGGGAGCCGCACAAGGCCGGAGCACAGUUUUUCUUGAUAUCCAGGAGGAGGCUCGAGGCUCUGGUCAAAUCAUCAAGGAUCAACUAACUUUGAGCAAAAUUCCCGUGCGUGUUGAGAGGGGCAGCCCACUAUGCCCAGCUUGUGAGAAGUUUACAGAGGAAGCUCUUAGCUAUCUUAGUCAGAAACAAUCACAAGAUAAGAUGAUGGAGGUCCUUCAUGAAGCUUGUUCUCAGACAUUCUCGUUGGAAAAGAAGUGUGUUGAGUUUGUGGACUCCUAUGCAACUCUCUUAUUUGCCAAGAUCGCUGAGAUCAAGCCAGAAGAGUUCUGCAAACGAAAUGGCCUCUGCAGGGACAAUGCUCUUCUGUCUGGUGUGAGAAGUGAGAGCACAUGCGUGUUUUGCCACCACCUCAUGGAUGAAGUUUUGUCCAAACUGAAGGAUCCUGAUGCUGAGUUUGAGAUAAUUCAAAUUCUCCUCAAGGAGUGCAAGAAGAUCGAAGGUCAUGAACAGCAGCACGCAAAGGAUGCACAGGCUGAUAAUUUUCUUGUUCGACAGUGCAAACGACUGGUCCUGCAAUACAUCCCUCUCAUCCUGGUGAACGGAGAGAAGUUCCUCGAGAAGAACGAUAUAUGUACCAUUGUCCAAGCGUGCGAUGCUGGCAAAAAGACAAUGGUCGGGCCAUUCUCCGAGGAGGGUUUGUUGCGUGAUGCAUGA